AGGCCAACCGAGAAGUCCGCGACCAAACACGCCCUCGUUGCUGUCUCUAGGGUUUUACUCCCCUCUCCACUUCCGACUCAUAAACCCUAACUUUCUCUAGAUUGCGGCCCUAGAGCAGCAGCAGCAGCCAUGGCGACCACCAGGGUUCAGAGGAUUAUGACCCAGCCCAUCAAUCUCAUCUUCAGGUUUCUUCAGAGUAAAGCUCGCAUUCAGAUCUGGCUCUUUGAGCAGAAGGACCUGAGGAUUGAAGGGCGCAUUAUCGGUUUUGAUGAGUACAUGAAUUUGGUUCUGGAUGAUGCAGAGGAGCUUAAUGUCAAAAAGAAAACCAGGAAGUCACUAGGGAGGAUUCUCUUGAAAGGAGACAACAUAACAUUGAUGAUGAACACAGGGAAAUGAUGGCUGACAAGUAUCUGUCUUGGUGCGUCAUGCAGAGGUUUGCACUGUGAAGUUUGCUUUUAUGUCAUGAUGCUUUGUUAAUAGCUUGGUCAUGUUUGCUACCGGUAGCCAUGGACCUUUAUACAAGUACUCGAAGGGGAUUUUUGAUUGGCUGCUAGUGUAAUUUCGCAAGUGUCGGUUGCAUUCAAUUGCUGCUGCAUGUAGUUUUAGUUGUAGUUGCUUGGUUCUGUUUUAAAAUUUAUAAUAUGCACUGAAGGCUUGAUCUUGGGUAAAAGGUUUCAUUGAAUUCUGUUGGUUGUUGGCCCCUAGUGGAAUGCAAUUUAAAUUC